UGUACAUUAUAUUUUCAACCAGCAACAAUUAGGAAUAACACUGAUCCCUUUUCUUCCCACUUCUACAGUGUUAGUUUCAUCAUCUGUUGUGCAAUAUGAUAUAAAACACAGGAAACACUGAAUUUUGUCUGCACUGGGCCUAACAACGAUAUGGUUAUUCCUAUUCUGUACAUUUGAAUGUCAAAUAAGAUCAUUCAUUGGGUAACAAUUUUAUUUAAAAAUGCUGUUUAAUAUUCUACCAGCAACGUAUAUUUAAAACAAUAGUCGUGGUGAGGAGACAGUACACUUCCUCACAGUGCCAUUAUUUCUCGGGUGGCUUCCUCUUCAGCGAACACACACACUUCCUCCACUACAGCAACACUUUGCUUGACUGCUUUGACGCUCUCUGACAGAUUGAAGGCUACAUGUUCAUACAAAACCUGCCAGUAAAGAUAGUAUGUUUGGUGUCUGAGACAGUGAAGGGGCCAGAAUGCAGAGCAUCAAGUGUGUGGUGGUAGGAGAUGGUGCAGUGGGGAAGACCUGCCUCCUCAUCUCCUACACCACCAACGCCUUCCCCAAGGAGUACAUCCCCACUGUGUUUGACAACUACAGCGCCCAGGUGACUGUGGACAGCAGGACUAUUAGCCUCAACCUGUGGGACACAGCAGGCCAGGAGGAGUACGACCGCCUGCGCACACUCUCCUACCCCCAGACCAACGUGUUUGUCAUCUGCUUCUCUGUUGCCAGCCCCCCCUCCUUUGAGAACGUCAAGCACAAGUGGCACCCAGAGGUCACCCACCACUGUCCCAAUACGCCCAUUCUGCUGGUGGGCACCAAGAAGGACCUGCGUAAUGACCCGGAAGUGUUGAAGAAGCUAAAGGAUCAGAACCAGAUGACCAUCACCCAACAGCAGGGCAUCGCCCUGGCCAGGCAGAUCCAAGCCAUCAAGUACCUUGAAUGCUCUGCCCUCAACCAAGACGGAAUCAAAGAGGUGUUCGCUGAGGGUGUGCGAGCCUUUCUCAACCCACAACCUGUCGCCACCAAGAAACCCUGUGUGCUAUUGUAAAGGCAGUAGAGAUACUAUCACGUAUGCAAAUCAAACAGAACAAUAUUAAUUAAUUGAAUGUGUGUAAACCAUUGGAGUUGAUUUUAUUGUGAAAUAUGUUUUUGUUGUACUGCUGAUAACAAACACUGCCAUAUCAAGACUUCCUUGAGACAAGGGGAUCAUUGAGGCAGAGGCAUUGGCUCAAGAUGGAUGCCUCAAAACUGAGCCAAUAUUAGGUAGGCAAGAAGGGCCUGGGUCAAAUGCUGUCUGCAAGAAUCCUUACUUUUGUAUAUCCAUUAUUUUUCCCUCUUCCUUUAUAGCAAUUAACCAAAAAGACCUGAGACUUUCUGAUGAGGAGAUACAUUCUCUCAUUUAUCAGUGCUUGUAUUGUUGUCACAUUUUGACAUGUAUGGCCUUUACAAAAAGAAUUAAAAAAUAUCAGGAAUUUAAAUAUCCAUACUCCCAUAA